AUGUCAUCCGAACCCAAGACCUACGUAUCCGGGGGACGCGUUCUCGCAAGUCCCCCCAUCACGGUCCGAAUCAUCCGCUUCGUCGAGAACAUCUACCUCUUCCUUGGACUGUACUUUGUCAGCCUAUUCUCGCUGGAUCCCUACACCGCGGCACAGAACUCCCGAUUCAACGUUACUCGGUCAGGAAAGACCCCCGAUACCCGUGCUCGCUGGGGCAGUGGAGGCGGAGGUGGAGGCGGAUCAUGGGGUCCAGGAGGUGGUGGUGGGCCGGGAGGACCUGGUAGGAGAAUCGGUCGGGUAGAUGAUAUCCGUGGCCCGGAAUGGUCAACUGCGAUAAUAUGCGUAAUCUACCAAAGCUAUCCACAAGGGCACAAGCGUCAUAUCCUCCAUCACACCAUGGCUACACCACAAACUGACGCCGAAUGGGCGACGCUGAUCUCCAGCAUCCAACAGUCCCUCCCAACGAACUUCCCUUCAUAUGACGUUUCGUCUGAAAUCAAUCGCACCAUAGACCAUACUCAGCUAGCGUUGACAGCGACAGAGCAACAGAUCGAUGAUCUGUGUCAAGAAGCCAUCCAGCACCGAUUCGCGACGGUCUGCGUCCGACUGAACCAUGUGUCUCGAGCAGUCCAGAACCUGCAAGAACACCCGGCUGUCGGCGUAGCCUGUGUUGUUGGGUUUCACGAGGGAACUUAUAAGACAGACGAGAAGACAGCUGAGGUGAAAGAGGCAGUGAGUCUAGGAGCGUCUGAGCUCGACAUGGUCCUUAAUUACCCUCUUCUACAAGCGGGGAAGUACAUGGAUGUCUACACGGACGUGCUAGAAGUGCGCAAAGCAGCCCCGGCACCAGUUGGAUUGAAGGUUAUCUUGGAAACCUCCCAGUUGAGCCGCGAGCAGAUCAUAGCGGGUUCGGUGCUGGCGUGUGUAGCUGGAGCAGAUUAUAUCAAGACUAGUACUGGAUUCAACGGACCCGGGGCGAGCCUGGAGAACGUAACUCUUAUGCGAGCGACGGCAAAUCUGGUUGGCAAGGGCACCAAGGUCAAGGCCAGUGGUGGCGUACGUUCGGCAGAGGAUUGUCGCAAGAUGUUGCAAGCAGGAGCGGCGCGUAUUGGGAGCAGUUCCGGAGUGAAGAUCAUGCAGGAGGAGAAGACGGGAGUUGCAAGUAGUAAGCGUUCGUCCCUGAAAGUUUCUUCUUCGUCCUCCACUUCCCCUUCUCGCCCAUCUGCAUCGCCUUCUUCCCGCCGCCCUGAAAUGCGCCGUCCCAACUAUAAGAGACGCAAGACUACCCACGAAGAUAGUCCUCCUUCGCACCACAAUGGCACAACCGAUCCCCUGUUCACCGAGAAGCCCUCAGCCGUCUUCACCCCCAAGGGUGGCCGAUCGCAUACACUCAGCGUUGCCAUUCCGGGCAGCAUCAUAGACAACGCUCAUUCCGUCGAGCAAAAGACCUUCCUAGCCGGUGUAAUCGCACGCGCCCUUGCCGUAUUCUGCGUCGAUGAAGUUGUGGUGUUUGACGAUAAUGAAUAUGGCGCCCAUUGUGAUUAUUAUGACCAUAGAGUCUCCUAUGACUCACCCAUUGCCAAAACUAGAGACCAAGUUGAUGGCGAUACAUCCUCUCCAAAAGCAUAUACCGCGAAUUCAGACCCCUCGCACUUCCUGACUCACGUCCUGUCGUAUCUUGAGACUCCACCAUAUUUGCGCAAGCAUCUCUUCCGCAUCCAUCCCAAUCUUCGCACCGCUGGAUUGCUGCCCAGCUUGGACAUGCCUCAUCACUUGCGUGCCAACGAGUGGUGCGACUUCCGUGAAGGCAUUGUCGUUCCUAGUUCAGCGCGGAAAAGUAACCCGGCCAGCAAGAUCACUCAGAUGAGCAAAGAUCAUCCUUUCCACCGUCGUAAUAGCUCUACUAAUAAUGGCCCUGCCACAAUUGUUGACACGGGUCUCUCACAGAAGAUAGUUCUCCCAAACAUCCACCUCCCAGAACAUGCCCGAGUCACUGUUCGAUUUCUCCAGCAUGAGUUCCCCUAUGCAGAACCCGUACACCCAUCCACCCCUCGUGCCGAAGCAGGUUAUUACUGGGGCUACUAUGUGCGACGAUGUCGAUCUCUCUCUUCCGUUUUCACGGAAUGUCCCUAUGACGGUGGCUACGAUCUGUCCUUCGGCACGUCCGAGCGUGGUGUGCCUGUCUCCGCAGUGCUAGAGGAGAAGCCACAACAAGCACAUGAUCGCUACAAGCAAGGCCACUCCUUUUGUCGGGAUCAAAUAUCGCCAGACUUCCAGCAUAUCCUUGUCGUCUUCGGUGGUGUCGCUGGGAUUGAGGCAGCCGUCCGGAACGAUCCUCAACUCCGUGACAUGGCCAUCCGCCCAUCCGAUGCUGGCAAGCUCUUCGACUACUGGGUAAAUUUCCUACCCGGACAGGGAAGCAGAACCAUCCGCACUGAAGAAGCCGUUUGGAUGGGGCUAACGAGUCUCCAAGGCCUGCUUGAUGGCACCCAUCGGUUGAGAAAGGCAUACCGAUGUGAUCACGACGGUUAA